AUGUGGCGUUUGUUGAUCAUCGCAGCGAUCAUCCAGUUUGCAAAUUCUGAUGGGGAGUGCAAGCUACCUGUUAAUUUGGGGAAGCAAAACUGCGGCAAACCUCCUCAGACUUUAUACUUUUUUGACGUGGAUACCUACAUGUGUCUCGCAUUCAACUACAGUGGCUGUGGCGGAAACCAUAACAGUUUUAACACAUCGGAGGAAUGCGAGAUGUGGUGCUCAGUUGGGGAUGAACGAUAUCAUGCAUGUGAUAACGAUACGCCAAAAGUGGGGUUUUGCAGCAGAUCUAAAAAAUGCCCGAAAGGAUCGAGUUGCAAAAUGAUUGGAUCUGAAGGAGUAUGCUGCCUUAAUGAAGAUGAUAAGAGACUAGUAGCCGAUGAGAAUCCCAACUGUGGCAAUAAAAAAGUGGUUAAAGAAAGAAUUGGCCGUUAUAAGAGGACAUUGUUCGGCAAGAGCUGCAGUCACAACUUCUGCCCCAAGAACAGCGAAUGUCGACGUGGAAACUUCUUCUCCUACUGUUGCAAGUAAAUCCAGGUUAAAUAAAAGCUUCGCAUGACGGA